UCGGCCGCGGCGGCGAUCCAGACCGGCCGAAUCGCACUGCUCAGUUGGUUUCUCGCACGCGGGUCACCCUAUUCAACCGGAGGCUGCACACCCAACUUUCACAAGCAGCAGGCUCAUCAAUAUGGCUGUGGACGCGACAACGAAUGGCGAAAGCAAAGAACAGGCACUGGAACCUGAUGAGGCACCAUCGACGAUCGGAGGCAAAAUAAUGCAACGGCUGCACAUCAACCCCAACCUAUUGAUGCUCAAAGUCACUCUCUUUUUACUUUACGGGGCCGUCGCUUCGUUACUGCCAUAUUUGACAAUCCACAUGCAGAGCAUCGGUCUGACCGUAGAGGAAAUUUCCAUUAUUUACCUGGCGCUACCCUUCACCACCUUCUUAAGCCCACCGUUGACAGGCUUCCUGGUGGACAAAUUCGGCCAGUACAAGCCGGUGGUGGUUUUGGCGUUCAUCCUGAACGCCGCCUUCCACCACGCGCUGCUGCUAAUCCCACCGAUGGAAACCCCGGGCGAGGUUCCGCCCGCUUACAUCGCUCGUCACCCUGUGUCCGGUCUGAUGGAAGUCUGGUGGAGUCCUUGCCCCAGCAGGGAGUGUCCUAACGAAGAGGAGUUGCAGGUUGUGCUGGAAAGGUGCUUCAGCCACUGCGAUUUGCUCAUGUCCGCAUCUCACCACGUGCAACCAUACAAUGACAGUUCCGAAUGGACCGGAUUCAACGCCACCGAAGACCCGCUGUUGAUGAUGUUGGCCAUCAAUGAUACGAUCAACAGCGGCGAAGUGAACAACGACGACUUCCAGUUUCUGUUAGACAUGCACCCCGACCUGGCAGACCCGACGGAGAACAUGGGCAUUGAGGUCGAGUCACAGAGCAAUCGGACGCUAGAAAUGUUUCGUGCGAGGUUCAGUGACCGCGUUCUGUGGACGGCCGGUGUUAAUGUGAGUGCCCUCGAGGAAGAGGACCUGCGUUGUGGAGGAGUCGCGCUCGCCUCAAACUUGAGUGGGCCGGCCAUUAUGCGGAUGGCUACUGUUUGUCCUUUGCAAAGGUGCUCAUUCAGAACGGGGGGUCCUGAAAAGUGUCCGUCGCAGUACAAGGAGACUGACGACAAGACUUUCUACAUGUAUUUCGUCCUUCGUUUCCUGGGCAAUGCGUGCAUGAACGCCGGCGUCACAAUGAUCGACCCCAUAGCACUCACGAUGAUCAAAAAAUACGGCGGCGAGUUUGGGCGAGAGCGCAUCUUCUCCACCAUUGGCAUGGCCAUAUUUUCACCGAUUACCGGAUUUCUCAUCGACUACAACAGCUUCCAGCUCGGCUACACGGAUUACUCAGCUGCCUUUUACGCCCAUGACAUUUUACUCAUGACCGCGGCCGUGUCCAUCAUGGCGAUGCCCAUCGGAGUCAAGUUGCCGAAUGACGACCUGCUGCGGGACGUCUGGCGCAUCCUAAAAAUGCCACACGUCACCGUGUUCAUCUUUUUCCUCUUCUUGUUGGGAAAUUACUGGGGCUACAUCGAGUCCUUCCUUUUCCUCUACCUCAAGGAACUCGGCGCACCCAACUACUUACUAGGUUUAACCCUUACUGUGGGCACAUUGAGCAGCAUGCCUUUUCUAUUUGGCGCCGAGCGCAUUACAAAAAAGGUUGGCCACGUCAACAUAAUCAUAAUAGCUUUUUUCUCACACGCCGCUCGCCUCGUCGGAUAUUCAAUGAUUGACGACCCUUGGUGGAGUUUCCCAUUCGAAGCUAUGGAAGCGUCAGCCGUACACCUGAUGUGGGUCGCUGCCGCCACAUAUUGCACCCUUCUCGCGCCCCACAAUCUCCUAGCCUCUAUCAUUGGCAUCCUCGGAAUGGCCCACUUCAGUCUCGGUCGAGGUUUCGGCAGCUUUGUGGGCGGCUUUCUGAUUUCGGACAUUGGAGCUCGAGAGGCCUUCCGCAUGAUGGGCUACAUGGCGGCCGUUGGGGGCGUCGUUUACGGCCUCCUACACGCUUUCUGGCUGCGUCAUCUGGUGCUCACGGACCCUAACAAGGAACUUCCGGUCCCGGAUGCUGAACAACCAGGCGACCUAGAAGAACAGGAAGGACUUUCCGGAGCUUCGACGCCACGGACGCCUCGCGUGGCGACGCCAGAGCGUUUGAGUUUGAUGAUUGGCAUCAACCCUCGCGGCUCCCUGACCGAUCUGAAUAUUUCCUCGUCCGACGUCCGUGGCAGUCGCAGUUUGCUGCGUCAAGCCCUGCAGUCAAACGCCAGCACGCCUUCCUCGCCUGCCCGACCCUGGAAGGGUUCAUUCUUGACGCCUCAGAACGCACGAAAGACGCCGACGGACUCGGCCCAGUCGACGCCGCUGAUGCAGAGACGCCGGACGCACUCGACCGCUUCCAACGGCAGCGCCACGAAGCCGCUUUCGCCUCUGGCCAGACCCACGUCACCACUCGUGGCCUCGCAGACCAGCGUCGGCAGCUCUACAGGCGGAAAACCGAUUUCACCGCUCGCCAGGGAAAAUGAAACAAAAAAUAAUGGAGAUGGUCCCAACGAAAGUUAAUUGAAUCUCAAAAUUUCAUUCAAAAUUCGACAAUAAUAUGAAUUCAGAAAUUACUUCAUUUAUCAAAAUUCUUUAUUAAAUUAAGAUUAAUUCUAACAUUGAAAAUUUAUUUUACUUAUUCUGAGAUAAAUUUAUCAAAUAUUUGGAUAUCUCUAGAUUUUUUGCUUUUAAAGCAAACUUUAUUUCACAAAAACUUGUCAUGUUCGUCUUUUACUUCUCUUUCAAACGUCAAGUUUAGCCUUUGUUAGGAUUUCAAUUCUCUGCUUUUUUGGACAAUGCGUCCCCUCAGAUUAGUUUUCCUUCUCUUCGGCCUCUCUAAAUCAAUCGGACAUCACCCCCUUUGGCACGGGUCCCAUUCAAAUCUUGUUUGAUUAACAUAAAAAGAAGCGACCCGAUUGUGUCGCAUCCGUUGUCAGCAAAGUUGCGCAUCAGUUGGAACGACGUGGAGCGAAGUUUGUAAUUUCCUCUGCUCUUCCGGCGACUAUAGGGCCGAGAGAGUGACCCACCCUUUGUGCAAUUUGGCCAAAGUUGCGCCAAGGCCUCAUUAGACACAAAAGGGCCCCCUCCAUCCUCACACACACUCAGAGAGUCAAUCGCCAAUUAACAGCACAAACUGAUGAAAUUGGAAAGCGUAAAAUUCAAUUACCUACACCUAACCCAAAAUCACUCAAAACGUUCAAUCUUUAAACCUUCGUAUUUAAAUUUGUUCGCAAAAAAAAUAUUAAAUAAUAUUGAUUAAUCAUGUCAAUGUCCAUCAUGUAAUUUUUAAUUAUUGGAAUUUAGUUUGGGUUUAAAUAUUAUUUAAAAUUGCCCAAAAAAUACAAUAUUGAAAACAUUUCACAAUCAAACUGUAAAGUCCUGAACCAAAUUUAAUUUUCCAAUAUGAAAUUGAAGUGAAAUUUUCAAAAAAUCCUUGCCACAGAGAAAUAAAUUUGAAAUUGUAAAAAAUAAACAUUUUUUUUUCAUUGCUCAAAAAGGCAAGUGGCCAUACAGACUGAUCUUGUUUUAAUUCGGAUUUGGAUGGGGUGGUUAGAAUGGUACUCGAUUAAUUGCGCAUUAUCAUGCGAAUUCGUUCAUUGUUGAGAGGCCAUUGUUGAGCGGUUGCUCUGUUUUGUAACAAAGCAACUCAUGUUAAUUCGCCCUUGAAGUGCUUCAACUCAAGUGAAUGAUUUUAUUGAGCUCAUUUUGCAGCCGAGAGCUGCAUAUUCAAGCGGUCUUUGUACAUAACGUAAAUAUUAUAGGAUAAAUAUACAAAGUUGCAUGAAGGCGGCACAGAUUAUAAUGAUGUUAAGGCCCGUUGUCGGGGGAAGAAAGGUGAUUUAUUUUGAAAGCGCAUUUACGUCACAAACUUGUCGGGGCUUAUUAAUAAUGAGCAGAAGUAGCAAAGUGCUCUUUGUGCCUCGAGAUUUAGUGUGAGAGAGACACGCAUCAUAUAUAAAGCCUUGUAAAAUAAAUUAAACGGCGGUUCAAUGGAAUUACAUAAAUCAUCCACAUAUGUAACAUAUUAAUUGCUGAUUGUUAUCAGCUUUGAUGGAAUAAAAUCGAUUGAUAAAUUUCCUUUGAAAUCUGCGAUUUUUAUUUG